GCAACAACCCAACAUUCAAAAUAGGCAACAAAAUAUAGAAGAAGAGAAGGUGGCAUCAAAUAGAGUGCCAGAAAUAGCUGAAAUUGAAUUUAUUGACAAGGAAGAAACAGCAUUUGAAAAAG